AUGGCUGCAGAUUGGGGACCGAGGUCAUCAUUACCAUCAUCUGGUGCAGCAGCAGCAGCAGCAUACCCUAGCAGCAGCAGCAGCAGCAGCAGCAGCAGCAGCAGCAGCAGCAGUCGUCAUAGGAGCACGGGUAGCAGCAGCAAUGAAGAUGCAGGAGUAUCAGGAGAAGACCCAUCUUCUGCUGCUGCUGCUGCAGCUGAUUCAUUAUCAUCAACAGGAUCAGGAGCAGGAGCAGCAGGAUCAGCAGGAGCAGCAGCAGGAGCAGCAGCAGCAGGAGCAGCAGCAGGAGAAGAAGAAGAAGAAGGAGCAGCAAUAUGCGCAUUAACUAUUAAUGCAACUUUUGCUGAAUUUGCUCACUUUGUCUUAGCAGGAGACACAAAAGGACAAACAUAUAUAUGGCAAGUACCUAGUACUAAAUUGCUGCUAGUCCUCCCUUAUCCAACACUCCCUCUGCAGCAGCAGCAGCAGCAGCAGCAGCAGCAGCAGCAGUUGCAGCAGCAGCAGCAGCAGCAGCAGCAGCAGCAGGAAGAAGGAGGAAUGGAGGAUUCCUGCUGCGGAUGUUGCAGCAAACUUUUAAAUUAUUUAGAUAAGACAGGAGAUAGUGUCUCCUUCCCUCUACUGCAGCAGCAGCAGCAGCAGCAGCAGCAACUGCAGCAGCAGCAGCAGCAGGAGAUAAAGGCAGUAGGUACAGUAAAUGAGUUACCUACUGAUGAAUAUGACGAAGACACAGAGGGAGAAAAAGGAGAAGAAUUGCAUGCACUACAAGACACGGAUCUAAUUAAUAAUUCUCCUGCUGCUGCUGCUGCUGCUGCUGCUGCAUGCAUGCAAAAGCCCCAAUAUCAAGAGACACAAAUGCUUAGGGCCUCCCCGAGGCCCCGACCCAAGGGGGCCCCCCUCUCCUUUAGCAGCAGCGGCUCCUUACCUUAUCUACAAGGAGACACUCAUGAGCAGCAGCAGGAGCAGCACGAGCAGCAGCACGAGCAGCAGCACGAUCAGCAGCAUGAGCAUUUAGAGGAUUCGGAUGCUGCUGCUGCUGCUGCAGCUGCAGCAGCAGCAGCAGCAGCAGCAGAAGCAGCAUUAUCAUGGGAAGAUGAAUCACAUAGAGGAGACACAGAAGAUGAUGCAGCAGCACGGGGUGUCUCUGCAUGCAGCAACAAUUCUUUGCUGCUGCAGCAAAGAGAAGAAUCUCUUCCUUAUGUACAACCAGUAACACAAGAGUUGCUGCAGCAUCUGCAGCAGCAAGAGGAACUGCAGCAGCAGCAGGAGCAGGAGCAGCAAGAGCAGCGGCAGCAGGAGGAAGAGGAAGAGGAAGACGAUUCAUAUAUCUCCCGAUCCCCAGACAGUGGAGACACCGCAACAGCAGCAGGAACAGCAGCAGCAACAGCAGCAGAAGCAGCAGCAGCAGCAGCAGCAGGAGAUGAUUUAGGAGACAGUUUAGCAGCAGCAUAUGAGGAAGGAUUAUCCUUGGAUCGUGUUGUGGGAUCAAUUAUGGAUAGGGUAUGGUGA